UCUAUCUAUCUAUCUAUAUACACAAACCAAUAUAUGUUCUACCACCACCAUUCCAAUCCCACAAACCAAUGUUAUACUAGAGUACUAAACUAGUUGUGCUUAAUUUGAUGAGAUGGAGCGAUCAAAAAUGGCGGGAUCGGAGCAUCAUUUGUUGCAGACCGAAAUCGUUAACCGGGGGAUCGAGUCGUCGGGGCCUGAUGCCGGAUCACCGACGUUCUCAGUGAGGGUGAGGCGGCGGUUGCCGGACUUUGUGCAGUCGGUGAACCUCAAGUAUGUGAAGUUGGGUUACCAUUAUCUGAUAAACCAUGCCAUCUAUUUGGCCACCAUACCGGUGUUGGUGCUGGUGUUUAGUGCUGAGGUGGGUAGUCUUAGCAAGGAGGAGCUGUGGAGGAAGGUGUGGGAUUUGAGCACCACUGCACCUUAUGAUCUUGCCACUGUGCUCUCUUUCUUUGCUGUCUUUGUGUUCACCCUCUCAGUUUACUUCAUGUCUCGUCCUCGCCCCAUCUACCUCAUUGAUUUCGCCUGUUACAAACCCCAUGAUGAUCUCAAGGUGUCCAAGGAAGAAAUGGUGGAACUAGCUCGAAAAUCCGGAAAAUUUGACGAGGCAAGUCUUGAAUUCCAGAAGAGAAUUCUGCAGUCAUCCGGCAUUGGAGACGAAAGCUACGUCCCAAAAGGAGUGAUAAGUUCGCCGGAUAAUUGCGCGACGAUGAAAGUAGGCCGCGAAGAAGCAUCAAUGGUGAUGUUCGGAGCCCUCGACGAGCUGUUCGAGAAGACCGGUGUGCGUCCCAAAGACGUCGGGAUCCUGGUGGUGAACUGCAGCAUAUUCAACCCAACUCCAUCCCUGUCGGCCAUGAUCAUAAACCACUAUAAGAUGAGAGGGAACAUCCUGAGCUUCAAUCUUGGUGGCAUGGGUUGCAGCGCUGGCAUCAUAGGGUUGGACUUGGCACGGGACAUGCUUCAGGCCAACCCGAACAACCAUGCGGUGGUGGUCAGCACUGAGAUGGUGGGCUACAACUGGUACCCGGGACGACAACGGUCCAUGCUCAUUCCCAACUGCUUCUUCCGGAUGGGCUGCUCCGCCGUCCUCCUCUCCAACCGCCGCCGUGAUUACCAUCGCGCCAAGUACCGCCUUGAACACAUUGUUCGCACUCACAAAGGCGCCGAUGAUCGCAGCUUCAGGAGUGUUUAUCAAGAAGAAGACGAUCAACGGUUCAAGGGUUUAAAAAUCAGCAAAGAUCUGGUGGAGAUAGGGGGUGAUGCACUCAAAACCAACAUCACCACACUAGGGCCUCUGGUGCUGCCCUUUUCUGAGCAACUCAUCUUUUUCGCAACAUUAGUGUGGAGGCACUUGUUCGGUGGUGGCCAGGGCUCGCAGCAGCCAUCGAAGCCCUACAUUCCCGACUACAAGCUUGCAUUCGAGCACUUCUGCGUGCACGCAGCCAGCAAGACAGUGCUGGACGAGCUGCAGAGGAACCUGGAGCUGAGUGACAACAACAUGGAAGCCUCCCGGGUGACUUUGCACCGCUUUGGCAACACCUCCAGCAGCAGCAUCUGGUACGAGUUGGCCUACUUGGAAGCCAAGGGGAGGGUUAGGGGCAGCGACCGUGUCUGGCAGCUCGCGUUUGGCUCCGGUUUCAAAUGCAACAGCAUUGUUUGGCGAUCAAUGCGCCGCGUUAGGAGGUCUUCAAGGAAUCCUUGGCUGGAAUGCCUCGACAGGUAUCCUGAUCAGGCUCUCUAGGCAGACUGGCCUAAUAGGCAUAUGUUUCUACUUAUAAUGAAAGAAAAAAAACACAGAACUUGCAAAUGGCAUAGUAAUUAACUCAGCCGAGUCAAUUGAUGUCAUAGGUUUUGGUUUUCCAACCACUUCCAUCAUAUAUCUACCCAAUGUUUGAUUAGUUUAAUUAUAUCAAUGCUUGUGACUAUUCCCUUCUUUUUAAUGUCUCUUUGAGACUGGUAUGUACUACGUAGUACAGGUCAUGCAAGCUGGAAACAAUUAGCACAUGACAGUUGUAGUAAUCUUUAUUUGAGUUCAAUUGUAGACAAUGCUAUUGUGAAUUUAUGACCACCGAUUUAAUGUUCACAACUA